AUGUUCCGAUGGCAAGUUGAGCUUGAGAAUGUGCCACUGAAGAAGUCUGCGUUGCGCAAGCUCGAUAUACCACUACAGGUGAAAUGUGGCUUGCUGGGCAAGUUGACUCUGUCAGUGCCGCUGACGCGGUUGCGUAGUGAGCCAUGGGUAAUCAAAAUGAGCGACCUGCUGGUGCUGCUCGAGCCGGCCACCUCGGUGCGCUACGACGUAGAGACAGUCGAAGUUUACGAGCAGAACAAGAAGGAGCAGCAACUUGAUGAGCUCGAACGAUAUCACAAGAGGCAGUUGCUAAGCUACUGGGGUUUGCCGAGCGGUGACGAUUCUGCGUCGCAGCAAAACUGGUGGGGUGCUUCACUUGUUUCGGCUAUUGUAAAUAAUAUUCAGACGGUUGGAUACGUACAACCACAAGAUGGUGCAAAUAUGUUCAAGAAACUAGAAAUCAACGGUUUGUCAGUGUACUGGAAUUGUGGACAAGAAGUCACCGACGACAUAAGCAGCUACAUGGACUUGCAGGUUAUCUCAUGCAAUCAAGAGAUUUUUCAGUCCAGGAGUCCUUACCACCGAAACUUCCACUAA